AUGGGUAUUUUUCUCCUGUGGUCCUUGUUCCUCCUUGGUCUUCUCACUGGACCAGGGGCUUCCAGAGCCCCCAUGGUGGUAACUGGGACCCUGGGGGGCUCUGUCACUCUGCCCCUGAAGCUGCAGGAUGGACAGCAGGUGGAGAGCAUCUCCUGGGUAUGUCGCUCGGUCCCUGGGGCAAUAGCCACGGUGACCUUGGUAGAAGCUGGAGGACCAUACACCUUUCACCAGGCAGAAUCACGGUACUGGGGUCGUUUGAGUGUGGUGGGCCCAGAACGCUCCCUGCAGAUCAGCCACCUGAGUUGGGCAGAUGCGGGGUCCUACCGAGUCCACGUUAAUCUUUGGAGCUCCCGCGCCACCCACACCAGGGAGUACAGCCUGCAUGUCUAUGAGCAGCUGGCCCAGCCCCGUGUCAGAGUGAGCACCAGGAUUAGUGGGAACGGACACUGUCUCAUCAUCCUGACGUGCAUGGCAGAAAGCAGAGGAGGCGCUGUGACCUACAGCUGGACACCUCUGGGACCCCAGACUGCUGUGUCCCAUGGAGGGUCUGUCCUCAGUGUCACCUUGAGGCCUCGGGACAGCACUCUGAACUUUACCUGCAUGGUCAAGAACCCAGUCAGUAACAGUAGCUCCCUUCCCAUCUUGGUGCCACCUUCAUGCACAGGGCCAGGAAUCCUGGGUGGCGAGGAAUCAGUAGGGGAGACAGUGAUCGGCACCCUUGGGAAGUCAGCCACUCUGCCCCUGGAGGUCCCAGUGGGGCAAGAGGUAGAAAAGGUUACCUGGAGCUCUCGAGGCCUUGUUGCUAUUUUGCAACCAGGACCAGCAGGGGAACCAAUCCUGGUUGCUGGGACUCAGGGACCCUACAAUCAGCGACUGAGCAUCCCCCGCCACAACUACUCUCUUCAGAUCAGCUCCCUGAGGCUGCAGGACUCCGGCCCCUAUCGAGCCUGGAUAACUCUGCAUAGUCCCCCAAUUAACAUCACCAAGGAUUUCAUCCUGCAUGUCUAUGAGAGACUGCAGGAGCCCAAAAUCACAGUCAGCUCUCAGAUCAUGAAGGAUGGGACCUGCUUCAUCACCCUCAUCUGUUCGCUGGACCAGCCUGGAGAGGAUGUUCAGUACAGCUGGGACCCCCGAGGCCAGGGGGCAAUUGUGUCACAUGGGGGCACCACUCUCAGUGUCUCCUGGCGAUUUGGGGUCAGCGACAGCUAUCACUGUACAGUGAAGAACCCCAUCAGCCAGAGCUCCAGCUCCAUCCCCGUCAGGCCCCUCUGCUCAGGUUCCUUCCUACCCUGCUGCCUGAGGAAAGAGUUUCUUCUCUUUUUGAUCCUGGGAGCUUUGCAGAUUAAAUAG